AGAAACGUCGUCGCAAGUGAACAUUCGUUCGAAGACAUCGCUUACGAACAGGCGCGCUUCGCACAGUAUUCCCACUUCUUAACCAUUUGAGAGAGAGAUUAAUAAACAUAACACAGCAGAAAAAGCUCCCCAAAUCUCCAAUAGCAAUCACAUUUAACUAUUAUUGCCGCAGUUUAUUUUUAAUAUUGCAAUAAUAAUCAUUUUCCAACACCCAACUGUAGGAGAAAUAAUUUUGAGAGAAAAAAACGGACAAUUAAAAAUAAUUUUGAUUUUUUCUGUGAAUCCACCCCCUCAAUAGAAAUCUCACCGGAGUUUUUUUUUUGAAAAGUUCUGAGAAGUUCUUCUUGGAGAAAAACAAUCUUCGUGGGACUCCUGUGUCCCCUGAUCCUGAGGGUGAAAGUUCAAACGACAAGUGCAGUGACUUAUUGUGAAGUGCAGGCCAUAAAAAAAUAAUUUCUAAAAUUUGAAACACUAAAAAAAUUCUUGAGACACAGAAGAAUUUUUUUUGAGAGAAAUAAAAGAUUUUUUGAACACAAAAAAAAAUAUUUUAAUUAAAAAAAAAGAAAGUUUCAACAUAAGAAGUUUAAAAGAAUUCUUUAGAAAGAAAAAAGAAAAUCAAGUGCUUGUGUUUAGAAGGAAAAAGACCAAGAAGAGUGUCCAAGUCCGCGUGGAGUUGAAGAAAUAAAAUACAUAGCAAAGAGGAAAAAGUGUUAAGUGACUGAACGCUAAUUUGCAAUCAGAUUUCUUUUAUUGUUAUGAUUAUUUUUACGAGCCACAUCUUUUUUGUUAUUUUGAUGGUUGUUACCCCAUAAAACUCCAACACCCAAAUGUGCUCUCGUGUGACCAUUUGAGAAGGAACCUUCCGUCACUUUUCUUUACUCUUUUCUCAAAUAAAAAAAAAAAAACUAAAGCCCAAGAAGUUCCCGCAAGACGAUGUGAUAAUGAAUUUUCAUGACAGAGCGAUGAUCUCGGUGGUGUGAAAAAAACAGAGCUCAACAUCCAAUUGAAAAUAUAGAGCACGGUCAGUGGAGGAAAAAAAAAUAAGAGAGAGAGGUGAUAGAGACCCCAAGAGGAGGCAAUAAUCGUAAAAAAAUAGUCUUGUGUGAGCGCAGAGAAUUGGCGAGAAGGCGAGAGGAUAAGAAAUUGCAGUAUACAUAGCACCCAAGACUGCGGGCUUCAAUUCUUUCUCACACAAUCUUCCUCAACUUCUUUUUUGGAUUCUUUUUUUUUACAUGAAGAAAGAAUCAAUUUCCCUCAGCAGCAUAAACCAUGACAGUUAUUGCACAUAAAAUGAUGUUUAAAACAAUUUUCAUAAACGCCACUUGUGAGUGGUGUGCCUGAGUACGUUUUAACCCCCAACAAAAAAUCAUCCCCCACCACCCUUAAUUUUUAAUCAACAAAGACAAAAAUAAAGAAAAACUGAAACUCCCUCAAAAAGUGACUAAAAGAAAAACUGAGAAAAGUUCAUUUGUGAGUGAAGUGAUUGAGAGAAGAACAUAAAAAAGAUGAAUUCCUACUUUGAGCAAUCCGGCUUCUACGGACACCCCCAUCAGACCACCGGUAUGGGCAUGACUACGGCAGCUCAUCACGAUCAGAGCGCUACAGCAGCAUACCGAGGCUUCCCACUAUCCCUCGGUAUGUCCCCAUAUGCCAAUCAUCACCUGCAUCAAUCACGCUCCCAGGAGAGCCCCUACGACGCCUCCAUUUCGGCGGCAUGCAGCAAAAUCUACGACGGCGCCUACAACAAAGAUUGUGCCAAAAAUGCCGCCACAGGAGCCGGGAGUGGUGGUAGUACCGAAACAAAUGGCUACAAAGACGUCUGGAAUACAUCGUCGAGCGGCAGUACUGGGCAGAAUGCAUCGGUACCUGUACGCCCAUCUGCAUGUACACCUGACUCACGUGUCGGUGGCUACCUCGAUGCCGCCGGCGGUAGUCCUGCAAGCCGUGGAGGCUCUGGUGGGGUCUCCGGCAGCGCCUGGAAUGCCAAUUGUUCCAUCACAGGCGCCAGCACUCAAGCCGCCACAACAGCCCUACAUCAGCCGUCAAAUCACACCUUCUACCCCUGGAUGGCUAUCGCAGGUAAGAGAUACUCAGAAUCUCUUGCGGGCUCAUUGCUUCCAGACUGGAUAGGUGCCAAUGGAUUGAGACGGCGGGGUCGGCAAACGUACACGAGGUACCAGACCCUUGAGCUGGAGAAGGAAUUCCACACAAAUCACUAUCUGACGCGACGGCGGCGAAUCGAGAUGGCCCAUGCACUCUGCCUCACCGAAAGACAGAUCAAGAUCUGGUUCCAGAAUCGUCGGAUGAAGCUGAAGAAGGAAAUUCAGGCCAUCAAGGAGCUCAAUGAGCAGGAAAAGCAGGCACAGGCACAGAAAGCGGCUGCUGUGGCGGCGGCCCAAGUCAUAUCGGAUCAGUAAGUUUCUUAUCUGUUUGCGUCGCAGAUCCACCCCCACAAACACAACUACCACCAACCCCCUUGUACCCUCUUCCCCCCCCCCAACAAUGCACGCGUAAUACAGAGAAGACAUUAAGAGAAAAAGAGAAAGAAUGAGAGACAAAAAAAAGCAAAUUUAAAGAGAAAAAUAAAAGUGAAAACAUUUCUAUUUGUAAUGGAGUGAGGCAAGUUUUAGUAUAAAUUAUUAAAUGUAAAAUAUACCAACAUAUAAAUUAUUUAUUUAUCAAAGAGUGGAUGUGGCACACACACGCAGGACAAAAAUGCGAAAAUUAUACGGGGCGGGAGGAAUCCACAACAAAUUGAGAUUGAAAGCAUAAUGUUUAAUGUUCUUAAGUGUCAUAUAUAUUGAAUUUGAUGAUAUAGAAAUGCUCUCUUCCUUCUGGUCCAUUUGUUGUGUGCUGGUGGAACCUUCACCGCCCACCCGUGUGCCCAAGUAAGUUGCAAGAGAGCCCUUCUGUAUCACACCCCCCAACCACACACAGUCCACCAACAACUUCCUCCCCCCAAGAAAAUGUGAAAUCGAGCGGAAAAGCUGCAUGGAAAUGUUUGAUGAGGAAAAAGAGAAAAAAAAGCUGAUGUAUAGACUUAAGAAUCGUGUGGCAAUAUUAAAUUAAAUUUAGUAAGUGAAAAAGUAUAAAGUAAAGGAAAAAAACUAUUCUCAAUAUUUUCAUUGACGCGGUAUUGACGUCUUCGGCUAAUUUAAAUAAUUUUCGCAAUGAAAAUUUAAAAAAAAAGAAAAUAAAGAAAAAUCACCUCUCUGUUCGAAGAUGGGCAAAAAAACUGUACAAAAUAGGGUACCAAAAAACCAAUUUUAAGUUAAAAACUGUCAAAGUGCGCGCGUGUGAAUUUUAUUGGAGAUUCUUCACUCAAUUCCCUUCACUUUGUUAUUUACUUCCUCUUUCUCUUUGGAUUUUUCUUAUCUUGCAAUUCAGUGUGGUGAUAUAUUUUACAAGAAACUUCUUGCACUCUAUUUUCCCGUUAAUUUCCUCCCACCUCCCCGCCAUUCUUUUGCUUCUUCAUCUCCCACCAAGAAGAUCCAAUAAAAUCAACAAGAUUGAUUUUUUCCCCAAAACACAACAAAAUAUUGAGACAAAAUAUACUCUUUGUAUUUAAAAGAAAGAAAAUUGUAAUUAAUGAAGAUUUUUUUUGUAAAGAAUUUAUAUAUAUUUCCUUUAGUAUUAUUUUGUUGAUUUUUUUGUUUAAUUAUUAUUUUUUUGUAAUGUAAAUUACGCUGUUUCCUCAUUUCCCCGAUAAAAAAAACUCCAUUAAAAAAAAGAAUCUUCAAAGGAUUUUUCUGUUCAUAGCCGCCAAAUGAAUUGGAUUUUAAAGAAAAAUAAAUUAAAUCUUAAAAUAUAUUUGUAGAAACAUCUUAAUAAAAUAUAUUAAAUGAAUUACUAUAAAUUUUAUUAUGUAAAAAAAAGAAAAAAAAAGUAUUAAAAGCGCCCCAGUGAAUGUGAACUUGCAUCUGUGUAAAGUGUAUAUUUUUGCUAUAAAAAAAAAUGUUUGCAAUAAUUAAUUUAUUAAAAAAGAAAACAAAUGGAAGAAUGGAAAGUUAAGAAAAUAAAAUUCUAUGGGACAUCACACGAAAUUAUUUUCUUCUGCUUGAUUUUUUUUUUAAAUUUUGUAAUAUUGUAGGGGAAAUAUUUCUGAUGAAGAAGGAUUUUGUAAAAAGGAUCAUUAAAAAUUAAUCUUAAAGAAAAAUAAAAAUAUUAAUAAUAUUUUAUUCAAAAGAUUAAUUUUUUGAUGGUUUGGAUUUUAUUUUAAUUUACUUUAUUCAUCAAAAUCUUUAUUUGAAUUUAAAGGAUUUUUUAUGUGUUUUAAAAUAUUUAUAAAGUGAAUAAAUAUUUUAAAGAACUUUCAAACUAUUUUCUAAGAUUUUUAUCUUUGUCCUUAAAUCAGACUGAGAACUACAAAGUCUCUCAAUUUCCUUUUGAUUCUUUAGAUGCAUUUCUAAAACGUUUUUUUUUUACGUUUCGCGUCUACUUUGACGUAUAAAGAUCAACAAAAAUUAUGGUUAAAUAUUAGUUUUUAAAAUCAUAAAAAAACAAUUAAAAAAAAAAACAAAUAAAAAUCAUUAAAAAAAUAAUUCGAAUCAUUCUUUUCAAACACAAUUGUCUUAAACAUUUCAAACGAAAUUAAAGGUUUAAACGGACACACCGGAAUCGUUUUAAGAAAAUCGGUUUUGGUAAAAAUUCGUUUAUUUUCGCAUUACUUUAAAAAAAUAAAUUUUAUUAAAAUAAAUUCAUUAAUGGUCGUGUUUACAAAAUCCAACUUCAUGCUAUGAUGAUAAAAUGUUAAACAUACCUAUCCACAUAAUAAUUUUUCUUUUGGAAUUUUCCCACAGCAUCAUAUCCCCCCCUUUGCGAGAGCUUUAAUUUAUUUUUUAUUUUUUGUAAUGUGCUUUAUCAUAUUUCAAGCAAAAAUCGGACCAUUUGUUUAAAUUUAAAAAAAAAAAUGUUAAACGCUAAAAGUGCGAGAGCAUGAAUGCUAUAUGGGUAAUAAAACAUACGUAAAUUAUUGUGACAUGUAUAAAAUAUUGAUGAAAACAAACGAAAAUACGUAAUGAAAGUGAUUUAUUUGGUCUGCUGAAAAUAUAUAUUUCCAAAACAGAACCACAAAGCAAAAAUAAAAUUCUGUGAGAAAAAAAUGGGCAAGAAGUACUUAAAGAAUUUUUAGCGCAUUGAAUCCCUAAAAGAAGAAAAAAUAUCCUUUUUCGAUUUGAGAAACAUUUUAUAAAAUAGCAUGUAGAGUAACGAAUGAAUGGGAAAUGAACAAAAGUAAUAUCCCUCCUGGUGUAUAGAGAAAGUAAAAGAAAUCCAAGCUCAAUUAGAUCAAGUUUUAGUGCCAUAGAAGGUUUGGAUGAGAAGAUGAAGAAAACUUCCAAAAUAGUUGUAUAGUGAAAGAAAACUUUAUUGCAGACUUUUCACCCCGAGAUUCAUUGCAUUUUUUAUACGUAAAACAUUUAAAUCCUUUUUGUGCAUUGCAGCAGAAAAAAAAGGCAGAGAGCCAUUUCCUUGUGGAAACUUCUUUCACAAUGUUUUCGCAGAUUUUUUUUUGUUCUUCUCCUCCUCUCAUUUACCACGAAAUCAUCUCACCCACCCCCACAGAGCUACUUCUUAUUCUUAAAAAAAAAACAAAUAAAUUAAAGAAGGAAAAAUUAGAAACAAUUUUAGCCAAAAAAAAAUGAAAAAUUUAGAUGAUGUUCUUUUGCAUGAAAUGAUUGAUUUAAUUUUUCGUGAAAUUUUGAGGCAUUGUACAUUUUUUACAUGAGAAAUCUCCUAUGAGAAAAAAUCCUCAAGCGGGAUUUUUUCAAUCAAGGAAUUUCCCUUGCAUACAGUAUGUAUACUAAAUUGAGGAAAGAGUUGUUUGAGUAGAGAAAAAAAAGCUAUUUUUUAGGCCACUCUAGAAGUGUUUGUGGAAAAAAUAGACGAAGAAGACGAAGAAGUUUGAGACAAAGACAAGGAGAUGCUCCAGAAAAAAUAAUAAUGAUGAAAAAAUGGCAUUCACAAGCAGAGAAUAAAAGAUUUGUAGUCGUUUUUAUUAGGAAUCUUAAGGAGACAACAGACAUAAUUUUAAUAGAACACUGAGACAAAAAAAACUUGAUUGAAAUACCUUCAGAAUGUAUACGUAAAAAAAAGAGAAAAAGUUUUAUCUUUUAGAUAAAAUGAAAUUUAAACUAAACAAAAAGAAUAUAAAAGAAGCGAGACAUAGAAUAUUUAUGGUAUCAUCUCGUUUUCUUUUGUGAGACAAAAAAAGUGACGAAAAUAGAGUUAUAUUUAGAGAAGAAUUAAAAGAAAAAAAAUGAUAAAGUGAGAAUAUUAGUUGAUAAUAAGUUAUUUAUAUUAUAUUGGAGUAAUCGGCAGCAAUUCAAUUUGAAUGAGGAAGAAAACAAUGCCAUGGCAAGAAUAUUUACUCACGAUGGAUAUAAAACAAGUGAAGUAUUAUAAGGUGUAAAAUAAUAAAAGAAAUAAAAAGGAAAAACAAAGAAAAAAAGGAGAAAUAGUGCAGGAAGAAGCUCCAGAACUAAUGAGAUUUUUUUUGUGAAACACGCAGUAAAAUUUAAGAAGUUGAAAGAGAAAAUUUUCUUUGUCAAUAAAAACUAAUAAAUGGA